CAUGUGUGCUCGAGCGCGUGAUUCUGCGUCACGUGACAAGCUCUGUUGUUGCUAGUUACCCUAGUAGCUGCACAUCAGCAAGACAAAACAACAGAAAGUAUAGAAAUCUCCAAUCUGACACACCGAGAGCCUCUUAUCUUUGAGAAUUCGGUCUGUUUCAUGCCAUUGUUUAAAUGUGCUGCGUCUUAUAUAAGGGCUUUUUGAACAUCGCGAACAAUGUAUACCCUUUUGUGAAGUACUACUGAGCACCAGACAUCUGUUGAAUUCGGCUCAGCGCUAAAGAUGAAUGCACUGGUUGCUCUCUGUCAUUUCUGUGAGCUCCAUGGCCCCCGGACUCUGUUCUGCACCGAGGCACUACACCCCCCGUCCUUGUCCCCUUCCUCCCAGACAGGGGUCCCAGCAUCUGGAGACCAAGAUGGUGACCGGGAAGGCGAAGGACUGACCAUGAGGGCCAAUAGCUCAGCCACACAGAGAGGAGAAAUGUGUGAGGGUUGUCGAUCUCUCCCUGCAUCUCACCCAGGCUUUGUAAGUAUUGACGAUGAAACAGGCAUACGCUUCCUGAGCCAUCAGCAUCCCAGACAGCCACAGCUUUUCAGCGUGGUCCGCCAGGCCUGUGUACGGAGCCUCAGCUGUGAGGUAUGUCAAGGGCGUGAAGGGCCAAUUUUCUUUGGAGAUGAGCAGCACGGUUUUGUGUUCUCACACACCUUCUUUAUCAAAGACAGCCUGGCCAGGGGUUUUCAGCGCUGGUACAGUGUUGUCAUAGUUGCCAUGGACAGGAUCUACCUAAUCAACUCCUGGCCUUUCCUAUUACGCCACCUUAGUCUCACUAUACAGAGCCUGCAAAGCACUGCCCUCAAGGUGUUUGACAGAGAACAAGGAGUUUGCCCCCAGCGAGCUGUGAGGAUGAACAGUGCGUUUUCACCUGCAGUUUUCCCACAUCAACGGAGUGGCAAUGCAGCCCGGUCACUAACUUCUCUUACUCAGCAUCCCAACCUUUGGGCCAGCUUGCACUCCUCCUUUAGUUGGUUGCUGAAGGCCUGUGGUAGUCGUCUGACAGAGAAGCUGCUUGAGGGGGCCCCCACUGAAGACACGCUGGUGCUCAUUGAAAGACAGACAGAGCAAGAGGAAGAAAUGAGCUGCUGGGAGGGGGCAGAAGGAGGUGGUUCAAAAUCACAACAGCAUCGAUCAGGGAGCCAGCUGGGCCAUGACUUCCUGUGUGAUGAUGCAAAAGUAGAUGAAUUACCUGGUCCAAAAUUUACGUCGCUGAGGCACUUGAGACAGGUCCUUGGGACUGCUGAGUUUCGUCAGCUAGCUUGGCACGUGCUCAUGGGAAAUCAGGUCAUAUGGAGAGGUGCAGACCCCAGGCUCAUCCAGUCAGCAUUUACAGUGCUUAAGUCUCUGCUCCCAGUCGGCUGCGUACGAUCUGUGCCAUACAGUGCACAGUAUGAGGAGGCCUACAAAUGCAACUUCCUGGGUCUGAGCCCAGAUGUGCCCAUUCCGACUCACGUCAGCUCCUCAGAGUUUUCAGUGCUGGUGGACAUCAGCGCUUCGGAGAGAAGCUGUCCGAUCUCAGGGGUAGGUGAUGACGAUAUCUGCUCACUUUACCAGUUCAGCAUCAGCAGUGCCAACACACAGCCCACAGACAGAGGUCCCACGCUACUGAACAAGCUUGAGGUGGCUCUGUCUAAUGAGAACUUGUCUGUGGAUGUCGUGUCUCACUGCCUGCUGUGUUUGAAGGAAGAGUGGAUGAAUAAAGUCAAAGUGCUGUUCAAGUUCUCCAAAGUGGACGGGCGAGGGAGGGAGGACACCCAGAAGGUUCUGGCCCUCCUUGGGGCCACGGGGCCCGGCGAAGAAGACAAUGUCAGGCUGCUCAAGUUCUGGAUGACUGGACUCAGCAAGACCUACAAGAGUCAUUUAAUGACAGCCGUCCGAGGAGGGGAGAGGAGUCUCAGCCAGUGACAAGGGGGAAGGAGGAGGAGGCAAAGGGAGCUGAAAAGAAGGGAAAGUGAAAGCAUAAAUCAGUUUUGUUAGCUGCUUGGGACUUUAAAUGGAAGCAGUGAAGACUGACUGGAUGACAGGAAAGCUUUGAUUCAUCUAUUAGAAUCUUUUUUUAAGUAAUGAGUAAUCUGUUGGGCACAGAUUAACACAUUCACUCAGUUUGGAUCAUGUAUGAUACAAUUCAAAGGGAAUUACUGUAGGUAUACUCAUAAAGGUUAACUUAUUACUAAAAGGCUUUGCACUUUUACUCUUUUACUGAUGUUUUAAAAUGGAAUAAAUAAAUGUGAACUGU